CUCUUUCAUCGUUGGAAGCGGCGUGGAUUGCAGGUUCCACUAAAGGCCGCUAAGCUUGGUUUGUCCAGCUCGCUCCAGUUACCGGAACUGAAAAAGUUUAAACGGAGCACGAAUUUUGGAGGAAGUGCCGGGACGAAAUGGCGAGGAAAAAUCCACCUUUAGUGGGAGAGGAUUCCAAGAUGCCAGGAAAACGCAAUGCGAAGAACCCCGUGCCAGAAAAAGAGUCCGUUGAGACAAAGAAGGUUAAAGUCAGCCACCCAUCACAUCGCUCACAGCCUGGGCUGGUGCUGACACUGGGCCAGGGUAAUGUCGGCCAGCUGGGCCUGGGUGAGGACAUCAUGGAGAGGAAGAAGCCAGCUCUGGUCACGCUGCCGGAGAUGGUGGUGCAGGUGGAAGCUGGAGGGAUGCACACGGUGUGCCUCAGCCAGACGGGAAAGAUCUACACCUUUGGCUGCAACGAUGAAGGUGCCCUGGGACGCGACACCUCAGCUGAAGGGUCUGAGACCUCUCCAGGGCCGGUGGAGCUGCAGGAGAAGGUGGUGCAGGUGUCAGCGGGGGACAGCCACACGGCCGCGCUGACUGAGGACGGCAGGGUCUUCGUCUGGGGCUCCUUCCGGGAUAACAAUGGAGUGAUCGGCUUGCUGGAGCCCAUGAAGACGAGCUCCACUCCUUUGCUGCUCCAGCUCGACGCACCUGUUGUUAAAAUAGUUUCAGGAAAUGACCACUUGGUGAUGCUGACAGUGGACGGCGACCUGUUCACGUGUGGCUGCGGCGAACAGGGCCAGCUGGGCAGAGUGCCAGCACUCUUUGCCAACCGAGGAGGACGGAAAGGGCUGCAGCGGCUGCUGGUCCCCCAGCUUGUCCCUGUCAAAGGCAAAGGGAGAAGAAGCAAAAUGCGCUUCCAGGACGCUUUCUGCGGGGCGUAUUUCACCUUCGCCGUCACACGGGAGGGACACAUCUAUGGAUUUGGCCUCUCCAACUACCACCAGCUGGGGACCCAGGACACCGAGCCCUGCUUCUCCCCGCAGAACCUCACGUGCUUCAAGAACUCCACCAAGUCUUGGGUUGGGUUCUCUGGAGGGCAGCACCACACAGUCUGUGUCGACUCCGAGGGUAAAGCCUACAGCCUGGGCAGGGCAGAGUACGGCAGGCUGGGCCUUGGGACGGGGGCAGAGGAGAAGAGUACACCCACAGUUAUCCCGGAGCUCCCCAGUAUCGCCUCGGUGGCCUGCGGAGCAUCAGUUGGUUAUGCCGUCAGCAGCGAUGGGCGAGCGUUUGCCUGGGGAAUGGGCACUAACUACCAGCUGGGCACCGGGGAGGAGGAUGAUGUCUGGAGCCCCGUGGAGAUGACAGGGAAGCAGCUGGAGAACCGGCGGGUGCUGGCUGUGUCCAGCGGCGGGCAGCACACGGUGCUGCUGGUCAGUGAUAAAGAGCAGAGCUGAUGAAACGCCGCCGCAGCCGAGCCCAGCGGGAUCACAGCGCUCCCCCAGACCCCCCACAACUUCUGCCUGGGCUGGGGAGCCAGUUACUUGGGGAGGGUAGGAGGCUCAUGGAGCUGGGCCCAGCAGCACCUGCGUGGUUGGAACAGGGCGCCCAUGGGUUCUUCUUGCAAGCUUUUGUCUGUUUUCCCAUGGUGCCUGGUGCUCUGUCAGCUCCCUGGGUCCGCUUGGUCCUAAACUGAUCCUGGUUCUGUGCCUGGAUGGAUUUCCACUUCUCUUUCUGGUUUUUUUAACAUUUCCCAGCCCAGCAAAGCCAAGUGUUUUGUUCUUCACUCUGCAAUCAGGUUUGGGUAUCAGUCUCCCUGAGGUCCCUGUGUUCCCCUCAUCUGGAUGCUCCUCCACCCCCCUCACCUAAACAUACCUCUCUGGCCUGGGUUUGUCUGCUGCCACCCACCAAAGCCCUCUGAGCCCAUUCCAGGCAAUCUGAGUCCAACAGGAAGGAGCCCAGGAAGCUCUGUGCUCCAAUCCAGAACCUCUGGGGAUAUUCUUCCUGGUGGAGGAGAAUGCUGCUGGAUGCUGCCUGGCACACUGUGACUGCUGUAGAAGGGAAGGGGGGCUCCUGCCUCCCAUCCCUCAGGUAUCUAAGCUGACCCCCCCAAGAUAGGCCAGGAGCAGGUUCCCCACUCCCCAUGGCCACGGAGCAGCCACCUCCAACACUGCUUUUUUGCAGUCCUGGCCACUCCCAUUGCCUUUGGAAGCCCAACCAAAUCCAUCCCACGGGUGGGAACGUUCUUUUAAUUUUUUUUUUCCUCUUUGCUUGCUGAGGAAGGAGCUUCAUUUGCUGUGAGGGCCUUGCUGAGCAGACACCCAGACCCCAGCUAUGCAUGGAGUCGCUGGAAACAGCAGGACUCCUCCCUGUCACUCCCUCUGCCCAGCCUGCUCCAUCCUCUCCUUACAGGAGGUGCCUCCCAGGUACCUGCAGUGAGGAAGGGUCUGCAAAGAGUUAAAUUAUAGCAAUAGGAGGGGGGGGUCGUGGCUGGGGAGGGGGCGGGAGGAUCUGGAAUUAUACAGUGGUUCCGAAGGGGUUGGAUUUUUUUAAAAAAGAAAAUGUAUUUUGGCUGAUUAAUCAAGGCAGAAAGGACAGAAAAAAACUCAUCUUUUAACAUUUGGAAUAAACUGAGUUUUGAUAAACCCAGGCUUUUCCUGCGCUUUGGAGGGGUGGGCAGUUCUCCCCGUGGGACCUGCCCUGGCUCCUGGGGACAGUCCAGGGGUGUCCCCAGGGCAUGGAUGACCCCUGGGAUGGGUUUUGGGGGGGCUGUCACGGUCACACCUGUCUGAGCAGUGGGGCUGUGGCCUCCAGGUGGCAGCAGGAGAGUGCUCUGGGAGAACUGGGACAGAGAACAGGGACGGAGAACAGGGAGAAGGGAUGGUCCCCUCAUCUCUGUCACCCUCUCUCCAUCCCCGUCUGUCUGACUGGGGGAAGGCAGAGACAGUGCUAAAGGUGCUCCUGGCCCCCAUACACUGCAGCUGUGUUAAUGACCAAAGAGUGGGAACAGCCGUGCCCUCAGCUGUGGGUGUGAUAAAAGAGGGAAUUAGCUGGGAGAGGAGUCAGCUGGACUUGGACAGGAGGGUGUGUGAGGGACAGAGAGGGUAAGACAUGGUACAAGGGACAGACAGGGACAGGAAGCAGCGAGCUGGGAAUGCAGAGGGAAGGUAGGAGAAGGAAAGAAAGAGCCAGAGCAGUGUGGAGCCACUAACGGGACUGCAACAUAGCAAAGGGAAACCACCGAACCUGUGGCACAGCUGGAAGGAUCCUGGCACGUCCCUGCUGGCUGCUCCCACCUGGAGCUGAGCCAGACCUGUGCAGAGACUGGAAACCACGGGGCAAAUUCCCACAUGCUGGUGCGACUGGAGCCCCAGGUCGCUGUUUAGACUUAAUUCAUCUGGGCUGGAGCAGGUUCCUUAAUGAGCCUUUGGGCACUGAGAGCAGCUCAGGCUGUUGGCAGCUCUGCUGUGCACGUGUAGGAUGAGCCUGGAUUGACAGUUGGGGAUGGCCUCAGUGGCUCCAGCUCUGGCUGAGGGGCUGGGGACAGUUUUAGUGGUUGCAGUCCUGGGCUUGCAAAGGACUUUGUUUUUCCCUCUAAGCGUGAAUUUGGGAUGUGGGCCAGUGGGGAAUGUAUUGCCAGGGGUUGAGCCCGUAUUUUGCCAUCACUGUGGGCUGAGCCAUGGGCAAAUGCUCUCUAAUCCCGUGGCUAAUUCUGCUCCCUGGGGACCAUCGCUAUUUGAUGCUCUUCAAUGAAAUGUGACCUGCUCGAUACCUGAUGGAGAAA